AUGGCACCUUCAAUUACAAGCUGGGCCGCAUUGUUCAGUGUCGCCGGUAUUUCGUUGGCCACUGGUUACUAUUUGGGCCAUUUUAACAAUGCAACAGUCAAGGCUGCGAACAAGAAAGAACUGGCAAGAGAAACAUUGCGUAAGUGCAAGAUUCAGGCCGAAAAAGAGUGUGAAGCCUACGACGAGGGUCCCAGCAGUGCUUCAGAAAGUUUCGGGGACGAUGAGGACGAAGAUGAUGAUGAAGAUGAAAUUGAGAUCAAUUCGCUUUCACUGAAUGACAUCCCAGGUGAAGUAAGAAUGGCUUUGGUGAUUCGUCAGGAUCUAGACAUGAAAAAGGGCAAAAUAGCAGCUCAAUGUUGUCAUGCUGCUCUUGCUUGUUACAGACUUAUCGCUACAGACCCAAGUCGUGAAUCCUACAACAUGGAAAUCACCAAAAGAUGGCUGUACGGUGGACAGGCUAAAAUUACGCUCAAGUGCCCUAAUAAAGAAAGUUUGGACGAGCUAUUUGCCAUGGCCCUGUCAUUAGGCGUGAACUCUCAUGUAGUACACGAUGCUGGCCGGACUCAGAUUGCAGCUGGCAGCGCAACUGUUUUGGGAUUGGGACCAGCACCAAAAGCUGUGCUGGACCAGAUUACAGGCGACUUGAAACUGUAUUGA